AGAUGAACUCUCUGACAUCCAGUCAGAUUCGGUCCCGCUGGAAGUGCGGGACUGGUUAGCUUCUACAUUCACGAGAGAAAUGGGAAUAGUGAAGAGGAGACCUGAGGAAAAGCCCAAAUUCCGAAGCAUUGUGCACGCUGUACAGGCUGGGAUUUUUGUAGAAAGGAUGUACCGAAAAACUUCAAGCAUGGUUGGUUUGGCUUAUCCAGCAGAAGUGAUAGUCACAUUUAAGGAUGUUGAUAAGUGGUCUUUUGAUGUAUUUGCCCUUAAUGAAGCAAGUGGAGAGCACAGUCUGAAAUUUAUGAUGUAUGAGCUGUUAACCCGAUACGACCUUUUGAGCCGUUUCAAGAUCCCUGUUCCCAAUCUUAUUUCUUUUGCUGAAGCUCUUGAAGUUGGUUACAGCAAAUACAAAAAUCCCUAUCACAAUUUGAUCCAUGCAGCUGAUGUUACUCAAACUGUGCAUUACAUAAUGAUUCACACUGGUAUCAUGCACUGGCUCACAGAACUGGAAAUUUUAGCAAUGAUCUUUGCAGCUGCUGUCCAUGACUAUGAACAUACUGGGACCACAAACAAUUUUCAUAUUCAGACAAGGUCAGAUGUUGCUAUAUUGUACAAUGAUCGAUCUGUUCUUGAAAAUCAUCAUGUAAGUGCUGCUUAUAGACUCAUGCAGGAAGAAGAGAUGAACAUCCUGGCUAAUCUAAACAAAGAUGACUGGAGGGAGUUGCGUAGCUUGGUCAUUGAGAUGGUCUUGUCUACAGAUAUGUCGGGUCAUUUUCAACAAAUUAAAACAAUGCGACACACUCUACAGCAGGCACAGGGGGUAGACAAAGCCAAAGCCAUGUCUUUGAUUCUACAUGCAGCAGACAUAAGCCAUCCAGCAAAAUCCUGGGAACUGCACUACCGGUGGACCAUGGCCCUGAUGGAAGAAUUUUUUCGACAGGGAGACAAGGAGGCUGCUUUAGGUCUUCAAUUUUCCCCACUUUGUGACCGCAAGUCCACUUUGGUAGCUCAGUCUCAAAUAGGUUUCAUUGAUUUCAUAGUAGAACCAACAUUUUCUCUUCUUACUGAUUCAAUGGAGAAAAUUGUUAUGCCUCUUAUAGAGGAAGCGACAAAAUCUGAGAGUCCUGCAUUUGGGACCCCUGGCCAAAACAGUUUGGGAGGAGUAAGCAAUGCUGAAGCACAAAGACGACCUGGGUUUAAAAGUACAGGUGAUGGAGGAGCUCACGCAGAAAAUUCUCUAGCAACUGUAGACCUAAGGGGCUUCAGGGACAAUUUAAUGAAGAUCAUUCAAGCAAACAAAGAAAGAUGGAAAGAAUUAGCAGCAGAAGAAGAACUUGGGAAAAAUGUUGGUGAACAGGAAAAAGACCAAAGCAGAAAUUCCACAGAUGCACAGUUGCAGGAAGAGACAACAAGGACACAAAAUGAGAGUAGUCAGGGAAGUGAUGGUACAACCUGUCCUCCCAGAUCCAUCGUCCUACAAGUAGUCUCUUUCGACACUCCUCUGAGUGAUGAAUCCAGCUCAGAAAAAUGCACUAUCUCUGAUCCGAACCAGAAAGAUCUCAGCGAUGCCCAGCAGGAGACACAGAGCACAGACCCACUGAAUGGUGAGCCUAAACACUGUAAGAAGUCAGAAGAUAUCGUAAAAGCCACGGAGCAGACAGAAGCACUGGUACAGAACUAGAUUUGCUAUUUCCUAAAAGCUUCUGACAUUUCAGGCAGGACAGGAGAAAAGAACUCUAGCUGUUCCUACCUCAGGAUCUCAGAGGCUGUUAUCUGUCAACUUGUUCUUGGAUCAUCCUAUUUCUGUGGAGAUUGAUUGAACAAAAUGUUCAAAAAUGUAAAACCCUGAGCUGGUAACUCAAGGCACUUAAAAACUUGCAAGAUUUUAGUUGUAUAUGUGUUGCUAUUUCCUCUUCUAUUCUGCUUUCUUAAACUAGCCAAAAUAAUUUUUUCAGCCAAAGUUGGACCUUGCUUUGUUGCAUCACUGGUACCAGACAUUUCCAGUUAAUCACAAGACAUGUGAAAACACGAUGUCUGUCAUCUGCCUGGGAUUGCUGUUAUGCGUCACUGCUGCUGGUGUCCAAUGAAAAUGGAAAAUCAAAAUGAAAUGUGUUUCUGGAUACUUGUUCAUGCAAUCAUGCUGCAUGCACCAUAAAAGUCCUACUUGUUAGCUUCCUUAAAAAAUCUGGAAAUAAAUGUUUGUAGAUUGUACAGGGAAGUUGUAAAGUUACGCUGACCAGCCUGCAUGAAUGAGGAUUCUUCCCCAGUGCAGUGGCUGUCGUAUGGACAGAACUGGUGUGGAGAAAAUUUGGAAGUAUUUGAAAUAUCUCUUUAAAAUUAAUAGAAUAGCAUCUGGUGUUAAAGAUUAAAACAUCCCGAAUCCUGUAAUAUUUUGAAAGACAUCAGUACUGGUGUCAGCCCUACAGUGAAGCUGGUACUUAUUCUUUUGUGGAAGGGACAGCAACAGAAAUACAUGAAAAUUGCUUCAGUUCAGCAAAAUGUUGUGUUGCCUCUCAGACAGAAUUGCGAGGUGACACCAAGGCCUUAUGUCAUGGUUUAUCUCAAAUGCAAAGGUGACAAUAUGCAUCCUGCAACAUCUUUGCUAGAGUUUGUUUCUUCUUGAGGGGCAGCAAAAAUGGCAUCACGCAGGCAGUAACCUCUGCAAGAAGCCUCAAAAUGAGCCCUCCAGCCCAAACUGUGCCCGUAAAGAAACUCCAUUUUCAUCUCUACUUCCCUCGAGCUGCACAUGACCCCUUCUGUUUCCCCUGGGUGUCUUACACAACUUCAUUUCCCUCUGCUGGAGCCUGCCAGGAAACUUCUAGGCUCCCAUUCGGGUUGUAGGCGCUCAGGUGGCUCAGGUCACUGCACUCCCUGUUCUCCUUUUUGGACCCCGUGGUUAUUACCUCACUGAACAAAACAAUCUUUCUAAUCUGCCAUGGUCCACUCUGAAGGGGACUCGUGGGGGCAGUGGCGCUCUCCUCCCUGCCAAGGGUGAUUGAGACCUCUGUGCUGUCCCUCUGCUGCUUCAGGGAUCCAACCGGAGCUCAGCAGGCAUCAGGCUCCACCUCAACAAGGGCACGCUUUGUCCAAUUGAGGAAGGAAUCAUAAAACAAUCACCUUUGCUGAGGGGCUCUUACAUGUCCAUACCUGUUGACUGUCUCUUUUCAGACGGCAAAGCAGUCAAAAUUGAGCUGGGAACGGUGUAAGCUCUGAGCCCUGGGACAAGGGCAUGCCAAAAGAUGGAAUUCCUGUCAUUGAAUAUUUCCUCUUUUCCAGGUUCUAUCUGAGCUACAUGCACAAAGGACCUUCUUCUUGUAGAGAUGCCAGAAGUCAAACAAGCCACUGCUGUGAUGAAAAUAAUUUCAAAUUAACAAAUCAAGAUCACUAGUGGAAGAAGGGUCACCAGACACGUGUGCAAUGCCUGCAGAGCCCCCUGGACACAGGAGCGGGC